AUGGCAGCCCAGAAUGGAAACACUAGUUUUGCGCCCAGCUUCAAUCCAGCUCAAGACCAUACCUCCCCCCUCCCCUUCAACUUUAGCUACGGUGACUACGACCUCCCUCUGGACGAGGAUGAGGACAUGACCAAGACCCGGACCUUCUUCGCUGCCAAGAUCGUCAUCGGUGUGGCACUGGCAGGCAUCAUGCUGGUCUGUGGCGUUGGCAACUUUGUCUUUAUUGCUGCCCUCGCCCGCUAUAAGAAGCUACGCAACCUCACCAACCUGCUCAUCGCCAACCUGGCCAUCUCCGACUUCCUGGUGGCCAUCAUCUGCUGCCCCUUCGAGAUGGACUACUACGUGGUGCGCCAGCUCUCCUGGGAGCACGGCCACGUGCUCUGUGCCUCUGUCAACUACCUGCGGACCGUCUCACUCUACGUCUCCACCAAUGCCCUGCUGGCCAUCGCUAUCGACAGAUAUCUCGCCAUCGUUCACCCCUUAAAACCACGGAUGAACUGUCAAACGGCCUCCUACCUGAUCGCUUUGGUCUGGGUGGUGUCCAUCCUCAUCGCCAUCCCGUCGGCCUACUUCACCACGGAGACGGUCCUGUUCAUCGUCAAAAACCAGGAGAAGAUCUUCUGCGGCCAGAUCUGGCCGGUGGACCAGCAGCUCUACUACAAGUCCUACUUCCUGUUCAUCUUUGGCGUGGAGUUCGUGGGCCCCGUGGUGACCAUGACCCUGUGUUACGCCAGGGUCUCCCGCGAGCUCUGGUUCAAGGCGGUGCCGGGCUUCCAGACGGAGCAGAUCCGGAAGCGGCUGCGCUGCCGCAGGAAGACCGUGCUGGUGCUCAUGUGCAUCCUCACGGCCUACGUGCUGUGCUGGGCGCCCUUCUACGGCUUCACCAUCGUGCGCGACUUCUUCCCCGCCGUGUUCGUCAAGGAGAAGCACUACCUCACGGCCUUCUACGUGGUCGAGUGCAUCGCCAUGAGCAACAGCAUGAUCAACACCGUGUGCUUCGUGACGGUCAAGAACAACACCAUGAAGUACUUCAAGAGGAUGAUGCAGCUCCACUGGCGGCCCGCGCACCACGGGAGCAAGUCCAGCGCCGACCUGGACCUCAAAACCAGCGGCACGCCGGCCACGGAAGAGGUGGACUGUAUCAGGCUGAAGUAA